AUGAGGGAACUGAUGAGGGACGACAGCAUUAUCAUUCUACCUGCUGACAAGGGACGAUCAACCGUCGUGAUGAAUAGAGAAGACUAUAAUGAAAAAGCUAAAGCCCUUCUUGAUGACAGAGAAUUUUACAGACCAGCACAGAAGUCACAAGCCAAAGCAGUGGCAGAUCGGCUGAGUAAAUUGAUUAGAGAAUACCGACAUAAAAAUGUGAUCACGGAGAAUGAAUGGCACCAAAUGAGGGCAACUGACACCGCUGUAGCCCGAUUCUAUGGUCUGCCAAAAAUCCAUAAAGCAAAUGUCCCACUUCGGCCAAUCGUUGCCCUAAAAGGCAGCCCCACCUACAAUUUGGCAAAUUGGAUGUACUCAAAACUGAAGUUCCUCCAAGGCAAUUCGACUACCUCAGUUCGAUCAGCCUCUCAAUUCCUCAUAGACCUCCGAGGUCGGAGAAUUCAAUCGGACGAAAUCAUGGUCUCCUUCGAUGUGACGUCGUUAUUCACAUCUAUCCCACCAAACGUGGCCCGCGAAGUCUUGCGCAAGAGACUUGAAGAGGCGUACGAUGAGACUCAGAAUGCCCUCAAAAUUGAACACCUCAUGAGGCUGUUUGAAUUCUGCCAACAAACUUUCUUUACUUUUGCGGGAGAGACCUAUGAACAAAUCAAUGGAACCCCAAUGGGCUCACCGGUCUCCAGUUUGGUCCUACAGGAGUUGGAAAAGAUUGCCUUCCUCCAACAUGAAGCGGUGUUUUGGCGACGUUACGUUGACGACACGUUCGUCAUCGUAAAGAAGGACAUGCUGCAACAUUUUCACAGCCUGCUCAACGCAGUCUUCCCGGAUAUAAAAUUUACGAGAGAAGAAGAACAGGAGCAGCAGUUGCCCUUCCUGGAUGUGCUCGUCAGACGAAACCUUAACGGUGAACUUGAAACGACGGUUUAUAGGAAGGCAACGAACACCACACAGCUUCUCAGUUUUCACAGCGACCAUCCGGUGGCUCACAAACGAAGCUGUGUGAAGACGCUCUUCAAACGGAUCCAAACUCAUUGCAGCAAACUGGAAGAUAGAGCGCGCGAGGCCCGUUAUCUCCGCGACCAGUUUGUGCAAAAUGGCUAUCCGAGGGUAUUCAUGAGUCGCUGCCUACGCGGUCGCCACCAGAGAACUCAAACAUCAACGCCACCGACGAUAUGGCAUUCUCUGCCAUACAUCAAGGGUGUUUCAGAAGCGACCGAGCGCAUUGCUGCGGAGCUAGGGGUUGGAAUCGCACACCGCCCCAAAGCCACCAUGCGCAACAGGGUCAUGAAAAUCAAAGACCGGUUAAAACCUGAAGAGCAAUCUGGAGUAGUGUAUCGCAUUCCGUGUCAACAUUGUCCUUGUAUUUACACAGGACAGACUGGACGCAUGCUCGGAUCGCGCAUACAUGAACAUAAGCUGGCUGUGCGUCGAGGCGACGCAUUAUCACAAGUGGCCGCCCACACCUACGAAAUGGGUCACGAGUUUGACUUCGCAGCCACCAAAAUAGUUGCCCACGCCGGAAACAAAACAGGCCGAGAAUUGAUUGAAACCUGGGCCUCGGAUGAGAACUCGGUCAAUCGAUUUAUCGAUCUGGCGCCGGCGUACAGAGCCCUUCGUAGUCACCUCCAGUCGUGCGGCGUCGGUCGAUGA